AUGGAGCGGUUCUUAUCAGAGCUGUACACCCGGCAAACCACACAGGAUACGGAAGCUACGCCCACAACAAGUCCGACUGAUGGCUUAGUAGGUGAAUUGAUAUGGAACAACAGCCUUCAGCAGCGCACAACAACCGUAGUGACGAUCAGUUUCAACGUUCUUGCAGCGCUUCUGGUCAUUGUGAGCGUCUUUUUCGAUGCAAGAAAGGUCACAAAGCGAGGGCUGUCACCGCGAGCAUCGAAUAAAUUUUAUUUUCUAUCGAAAGUGCACGCAGCAGACACAUUUCCGUUGACCAUCUCCACCGCCAUCGCUACGCAAGGCAUUAUAUUUCUUGGAGUGCAGGGCAGCGGACUCGACGGCCUGCGUGCUAACGGCUGUCAGGCGAUCUCGCAGGUAGUCUGGCCAGCUAUUUGGAUGGUGGCCUAUACUCUUCUGGUUUUCAGCAUUGAGGUUGCAUUCCGCGGCUUUCAGAGAAAGCGAUUUCAUGCUCGCGGCAAAUUUACCGUCCAAAUCUGCUGGUCAAUUGUCCUGACGAUGCUGCUUGCGACAUGGGUUCCGUCUCAGGUCUACAAAAAUCCUAAGAACGACUGUACCGCCAGCUUAUUAUCGUGGGCGAUGCCUUGGGCCGAUAUUGCCUUGUUCUUGAACUCUAUCCUUAUUUUCCUUUACCUUCUUACUGCAUUCCUCAUUGUCUACCAACUUUCACGUACAGCAAAGAUUGAUCACAUGGAAAGAAUAGCAGCAAGCAGGAUUGUGUAUUAUCUAGCCAUUGCAGUAUUUUUGAUGUCAGGUGUCCUUCCAUUUUGGGCGCGGAUCGUCCUAGGUGCAUCCACCAAUAACGCAGCACGUGUUGCAACAAUAGGUCUCAACAUCUUUGGGCUGCUAACUGGCCUCCUGUAUCUUGUACUCAGGUCAAAUCCAAACAACAUGGCUUUCGGACCUGGUGGGGCUUCCAGGACACAAAAAGAAGAAUGGCGCUUUUUCGGCAGCCCUGAACUUGACAUAGGCAAGCACAUCACCAACCCAGUCGGUCCUGAAUAUAAUAGUACUACUCACGAGACCGUCGUUGCUGCGAAGGAGAAGAGCGCAUUCGAAGCUCGUUCUGUUAGAUCGAAAGCUACAAGCGGUUCUACUAAAUCUUAUGGGAACCGGCCAGCACUCGCCUCUCCCUCGUCUUACCGAACGCCCUCGAAAUCCACAAUCAGCAAGCCGCCACUCACUUCUCCCCCAUCCUACCGUGCACCUCCCAUACCCAACGCUAACGAUCCAUUACUCGUUUCCACCCCAACAUUCCAAAUUCCUCCGCAGAUGCUACGCUCAGAGUCGCCGUUUCUAUCCUUCAAUCAAGCGAACUACACUCUCUUCCCACAACGCUCGGGAUCAACACCGGCGACAGAAACUGAUCACGUUAAUGCGGCGAAAACCGACCCGGUCAACGCACCAGCGCCGCUUUUCGCCAAUUAUCACAGACGCGAUACCUCUAACGUUACCAGUGCAACAGUCCAGAUUGGGAUGAGACUAAGCACCGGAACCAUGAUACCUGGACUUGAGGAGCGGAUCAAUCGCGCUGCCACAUACCCAGCUGUCACUGGCAAGUCCAAACAGGACCAUCGGAAGAAUUCACCGCAAUUGCCUCAACGAUCGCUCGAUAGACUCCCUAAGCUUUUAGCUCCCCCAAAUGAGAUGAAGCGCCGCCCUCGAGACUCAAGCCCGCAAGAAAUUCUUUUCCGGCUGAAUUCCAACGAGGAGCUCUCUCCUGACGCUGUCCACAUCACAACUCCUUCCUGGCGUAAGCCGCUGGAAGACCUUGUGAGUCCUACACGUAGGAUAUCGUCGUGGCGGAAGUUUCGCGACAGGAGGAUGAAGUCCCUUCCUCCCGUGCCAGUCACGCCGUCAACAAUGCCACCCCCAUCGAGUUACCGAGCUUCAUUUCCAGAGCCACGAACCCCUGCGUCGCCGGCUGGUCCGAUGCAAGCCUCGCAACAACGAGAAGCCCUGUCGUUAGCACUAAAAGAAGACGAGCAGUGGCCACUACAAGGGUUGGACAUGGUCUUGCUGCCUGAUAAGUCCUAUACGCCAGACAAAAACCGAUCAUGGAUUUGA